AUGCCUCCCACGCCUGCAGAACGAAGUCUGUACCUCAACCCACUUGUGCCAGAAUCAGUCCGACAUAACACCACGACAGUCUCUCAGAUACGUUCCCUCAGCUCCAUCCUUCUGGGCGUCGCAGCCGGCAUCCUAGGCCUCGAGUCGCAAUGGGGCUUCCUCUUCUACUUCGUCUCACAAUUCUUCAUCUCCGGCCUGAUACAUUUUGUCCUGGCGAAAGGCUCACCAGGCGAAUACUUCGCCGGCAGUGGGACUAGUGUUGAGGUACCGAAACCGAAUGGGAAGGGAAAAUCAAAAGAGAUGGCUGGCGCGUGGAGGGAUGUCUGGCUAGGGAGUGGACUUUUCGAGGGACUAAGUGGGUUUGUGCUGGGAUGGGCUGGUACACCGUGGACCUCUUUCGCGACAAAAGACUUCCCUCCUCGAGCUGCUCGACAAAAGCGACGCGUUCUGCGGUCAACGAUCUCGAGUGAACCCAAACUAUAUCCUCUCGAGGCAGCUGCUAUCCACGCGGCCGAGUCCUCGGGUUCGCUGGUUGCGACCGGUGUUGGACAGCUAGGGUUCUCUACCAUGUCAAGCACUUCCAGCCUGUCCAAGCGAGGUCUCAUGAGUCUACCAAGCGAGAUUCUAGAGUCGAUCAUCGACAAAGUCUUCCCUGACUCCCAAUUGUACAUCAUCAACGGUAAAGACCUGAAGUGGCCAAAGAAAAUGUCGAUACGCCUCCCUCAUUCCCUCCUGGUUUCAAAGACAUAUUUCAAGCUUGCCAAAGCUGCUGCGCUGCAACAAGCGACGAUCGCCAUCCCUCAUAAGUUCGACAUUGAUCGUGCGAGAAUUUCCAGCCUACUCUUCUCCCCAGAUUUCCGCCUUCUACAGUAUCUCGACGUCCGCUCGUGGAUCCACACGUGGCGGCAGAUCGAUGAGAGGGUUUUCAAGGCCAUGCUCAGUGCUGCACCGCAACUGCGCAAGUUGACUGUCGACGGGCCUAAGAUCUGGGGUUGCCGCGGUUAUACAUCGACUGGUCACCGCGACCGAGAUGACCCUGUACCAUUCACGGUCACCCCUGGCCCGGAUCUUCCACAGCAUAUCAAGCAGAAGUUCGAAGAAGAGUUUCGCUUCAAGCCGAUAAACUACAGGGUCCCCAACUUCAAAGAUAUGGGUGGUCUUGCCCUGCACGCGUGGCUGACUCGAAACAAGGAUUUCGAGCUCUGCUUCGUGGCAAGGGUGAAAACGCACACAUGGUCCAAAGACCUCUGCGGCUCUCCGGGCGGUCCGAGAGGCGGGUUCAUAGAGCGACACCUCUGGGAUGUGACCUUCAGCACGCAUACACCAGCGCUCGCAGUCAAGCCAGGAGACAGACCAGGCAACGAGAACUGCAAUCCCGACCAAAAGGAAGAGGCAGAGUUCGACAUCCCGAUUGACCCAUCGUUCUUUGAGAACGUGUACAACAGCCCCGAUUGCCAGAUGGUGCUGCAACGGUUCAGGAAUGCCGAAGAGAGGCUUUGA